AUGAUCCUCAUCCAAUUUCGUUGCUUUGCUUUGCUACUGGCUCUCGUGUCAUUUGUUCUUGGUCUAGCCCCUUCGCUUCCGCCAGUUCAAGUUCCGAAAUCAGUGGCAGAGGGCGAAGAUGCCAUCCAACAAUUGUGGUAUGAAGCCUCAUCAGGACGCUUCUCGAACGUACUUGCGGAACCGUACCAGCAUCUUCAGAAGGCAUGGGAACAUUUUCUGGUCCAGGAUGGAGAGGGUAUCGUUGAAGCGUAUUACAGCGAUCCAAGUCGAAGAAAGAUGUACAACAACAAUUACUUCGGCCGUACAAGGUUCUUAUCAGCUGUUCGACUCAUCAAUCGCAAGCCUUACGAGUUCAACGCGUUGCACUUUAAGAUGAAGCGACAAAUGGCGCUAACUCUUGUCAAAGCUUUCGCUGAUCAACAAUAUGCGAUCAUGAGAACAAAAGGCAGGAAUCUAGCGCAUCAGUCAGCGAUCGGAAAAAGUAUCCAGCAGCCUCAUGACUGGACUGAAAUCGACCUUUUUGCUCGAGGUCCGCAGGACACAGCUACCGAUAAAUCUGACAUCGAAAGUGAUGGUCGAGACAAAUCGGCGGUAUCAGAAGCAGAGCGGCAGGAAUGGGGGCGACAACUUAGCCUCGGUCGAGAUUCAAGCACAAUAGGUGGCUCAAGCUGA